AAAAACGAUAUUGAAUAUUGGAUAGGUCGUGUCCUUGAGGGUCUUACGGUGGGAAUUUCGUUCGAUAAUCGAGGUCGUCUAUGAUUGUUAGUCCGUGCUGUCGAAUUAUCAGGAGUAGUUGCAUAAGUAGUCCAGGAUUACUCCGUCCUCGCCUGGUCUAUUUGUCUCCAUCACAUUUUAAGAUACUGAGUAAUCAUGCUCGGUUAUUUGUCACGAAAAAUAGGCAGUCAAACUCACCAUAUUCCUCAUUUAUCAUUGAUACAAGAAAAAGCGCUCAGCGUGACUCUGAAUCAUCAAAAGUCCAGACAGACCUCAAUGAUAUUUUGAAGGAUCAGCCGCCUUCAGUGCAACUCAGGCUUGUAGAUGCUUAUCGCAAAGGGUUCCAGUCAUCAACUGAGAAAGAAAAAGCGUCAAAGAAAAUCGAAACAGUCGCAACACUCCUUGGCAAAUUCGCUAUUAUUGGAGUAUGUGUAUAUUUUGUCAUCAAGUUGUCAAACAAAGUAUUUGGUGGCGCAUUUCCUAAGAUGCUAGACCCUAGCGUGGCAUCUUUCGCAGAAAAUGCUGAUGUGAACUUCAAUGACGUCCAAGGCUGCGAUGAAGUGAAAAAGGAGCUCCAGGACAUAGUGGAAUUCCUACGCAAUCCAGAAAAGUUCAACCGCAUAGGAGCGAAACUUCCCAAAGGUGUUCUUUUGGUUGGCCCUCCAGGAGUUGGAAAGACGUUGCUUGCUAAGGCUGUUUCUGGUGAAGCACAAGUUCCUUUUUUGUAUGUAUCAGGAAGCAGUUUUGAAGAGGUUUUUGUUGGACUUGGGGCUUCUCGUGUUAGACAACUAUUUGCUGCAGCUAAACAAAACUCACCUUGUUUAAUAUUUAUUGAUGAAAUUGAUUCUGUUGGUAGAAAUAGAACAUCGUCACCUCAUCAUCCGUAUGCAAAUCAAACAAUAAAUCAACUUCUUGCAGAAAUGGAUGGCUUUCAGUCAACGGAAGGCAUUAUCGUUUUGGGUGCAACAAAUCAAGCAGAGGAUUUAGACAAAGCUUUACUGAGACCUGGCCGUUUUGAUGUCCAGAUUUUUGUAUCUCCACCAACCUAUGAAGGCAGACUGGCUCUUCUCAAUCUUUAUUUACGCAAGGUGAAAACCGGUCCAAAUAUCGACGUUGAAAAACUGGCUCAUGGAACUGUUGGCUACACAGGUGCAGAUAUACAGAAUCUAGUCAACCAAGCUGCUAUCGCUGCUGGUUUACACAAUGAUCCUGUUGUUGAAAUGCAUCAUUUAUGGGAAGCUCGUGAUCGAUUGAUAAUGGGACCUGCUAAACGUCGACCUUUAGAUGACCAGACUAAUCGUGUUUCAGCCUUUCAUGAAGCUGGUCAUGCAUUAGUGGCAUUGUUAACCGCUGAAAGUACACCGUUACACAAAGUGACAAUUAUUCCCCGCGGUGAAGCUGGUGGUCUUACAAGCUUUCUGCAAGAGAAAGAUAUGAGUUUUAUGACACGUGCACAACUUUUAGCUCAAUUAGAUGUAUUGAUGGGAGGUCGUGUCGGUGAAGAGCUGGCUUUUGGGACAGAUAAAGUGACAACUGGUGCGGCAAAUGACUUCCAAAAAGCUACCGCUUUAGCUCAAAACAUGGUCAAGCGUUUCGGUUUUUCAAGUAAACUAGGCCCAAGAGUUAUACCAGAUACUCGUGAUGAUGGUCAGCUAAGUCAAACAACACGUGAUCUUAUCGAUAAAGAAGUAGAUCAAUUGCUCAACGAAUCAUUGACUCGUGUACGCAACCUACUAUCAAGUCAUAGUAAACAGCAUAAAUUAUUGGCUGAAGCAUUACUACACUUUGAAACAUUGACAAAAGAUGAAGUUGUCGCUGUGUUAGCUGGUAAAAUGAAACCGCCAAAAAAUUCACCUCAAACAUCACCACCCUCACCACCUCCCCCGUCGUCAUCGCCGCCGCCAUCAUCAAAAUCUACAAGUCUCCUGCCCCAACUGACUGGUGGUGGUGGUGGUGGUUCUUCAACAUCACCGCCUGAAAUUCAUGUAUAAUUAAUUUCAUCAAAUGUGUGUACACACUACUAUUGUGCUGUGUUGAUUGAUUGAUUGAUUGACUGAUUGACCUCAUUCUGUUGCCAUUAUUACUAUCAUUAAUCCAUAAUUAAAAUUUGUCUUCUCACGUGUUAUCUUUUGCGCGUGUGUGUGUGUAUGUGUGAGUCAAAGUUUAAGGUAUUUGUUAUUUCGUUCAUCCUUCUUUCUUUAUUUCAAUCACUGUAUCAUUUUUACAAUAUUCUACUUCCGUUUUUCUCCAUACACACACGCAGGCACUCACACACUCCCUUCCUUUUCUCCUCUCUCCUUCCAUUUAUCCUACCUUCAGGGAGUGAUUUGCACACUCUAUCCCUCACUUCUUUCCCGUCUUCCUCACCCACAGAUGGAGAAAUAAAUAAAGCUUAAAGCG